CGCAGAGGGGCCGCCGCCGCCGCCGCCGCCGCCGCGCCGCACCAUGAAGCUCCGCAGCAAGGCGGCGGCGCUGCUCCUGCUGGCGCUGGGCGCCCUGCUCCUCGCGCUGCUGUCCCUGCGCGCCCGCCGCGCCCAGCCCCCGCGCCGCCGCGCGCCCGCGCGCCCCGCGCCCGCCCCGCAGCGCCGCCCCGCGCCGGCCCCCGCGCGCCCCCCCGGCCCGGGCGCCCUCCCCGGGGCCGCCCCGCGCGCUCGGCGGCGCCGGCCCCCGCGCCCGCGCCCGCGCCCCCGCCCCCGAGCCGGCCGCCGGGGCGCCGCGAGCCUGGAGAAGUUGGCGAGGAGGCCUGGAGAACUCAGGAGUUUUCAGGCUGUGCUGCCUCCAGAGCUCUGGAUCCACUUGGCUGUGGUGGCCUGUGGCAAUCGGCUGGAGGAGACGCUGGUCAUGCUCAAGUCAGCUGUACUCUUUAGCCACCGGAAGAUCCAAUUCCACAUCUUCACAGAAGACUCUCUGAAGCCCGAGUUUGAUAAGCAGUUACGACAGUGGCCUGACUCAUAUACAAAGAAAUUUGAGCACAGAAUCUACCCCAUCACGUUUUCAGUUGGAAACCCUCAGGAAUGGAAGAAAUUAUUCAAACCGUGUGCUGCUCAGAGACUCUUUCUUCCGGUGAUUUUAAAGGAUGUGGAUUCUCUUCUUUACGUGGACACCGAUGUUCUCUUUCUGAGACCUGUUGAUGACAUCUGGAAGCUUCUGAGGCAAUUUAACGCCACACAGCUUGCAGCCAUGGCUCCUGAACAUGAAAUCCCCAAGAUUGGCUGGUACAGCCGCUUCGCUCGGCACCCUUUCUAUGGCUCUGCUGGAGUUAAUUCAGGAGUCAUGCUGAUGAAUUUAACUCGCAUACGAAGUGCUCAGUUUAAGAACAGCAUGAUUCCAACAGGCUUGGCUUGGGAGGACAUGUUGUACCCUCUGUACCAGAAGUACAAGAAUGCCAUCACGUGGGGAGACCAGGAUUUAUUAAAUAUUAUUUUUUAUUUCAAUCCAGAAUAUCUCUAUGUGUUCCCCUGCCAGUGGAACUACCGUCCCGAUCACUGCAUGUACGGAAGCAACUGCAAAGAGGCUGAGCGGGAAGGUGUGUCUGUACUGCACGGAAACCGAGGCGUCUACCAUGACGAUAAGCAGCCAACUUUCAAAGCGCUCUAUGAAGCAAUACGGGAUUUUCCCUUUCAAGACAAUCUCUUUCAAUCCAUGUAUUACCCUCUCCAGCUGAAGUUUUUGGAGACUGUGCACACUUUAUGUGGACGAAUCCCACAAGUGUUUUUGAAGCAAAUCGAGAAAACAAUGAAAAGGGCUUAUGAGAAACACGUCAUCAUCCAUGUGGGCCCCAACCAGAUGCACUGAAUAUUUUUCAUAUUGUCGCAAGUGGAUUAGGCCUCUCGAGAAUAAGGAAAUAUUCAUCUUUAAGCUGCCUGGAUCUCUUUUGUGUGAAUAUUUAAUGGUGCUCUCUGACAGUUGAGUUUAAAAGGCCUCGUUACAUGUUGCUAAAUUAGUUGCCCUUAAAAGGAAAUAUGCUUUAAUUCUUUAAAAAUGCUAUUUAUCUCUGUUUUUUUUUUAAAUUGUAUUAUUAUUCACUUAACAUUGUUCAAGCAGGUGGAGCUAGCUGUGAAAAGGAACUUUUGUGAGCCUUCCAAUUCCUGCUAAAUAUCUGAGACAACGUCAGUGACAUCUCAUGUGGUGUAUUAAUCUAAUAUUCUUGAGACUCUCUCUAUGCAAUUGACUCCCCCAUACCCCUCUUAUAAAAGUAAUACAUGCUUGUUGUAGAACAGAAAAAUGUUAAAAACCUGUAGGGAAUACAGGUGGACCAAAAUCAAAAUUAGGUUAAGCAUGAUCCUCCCAACCAGUGAAAAGAUCGUUAUAUUAAUGGGUAGUUUCUUCUAGCCUUUUCUCCUUACUGCUUUAUUUAUUUGCUGUCUGUCUUUCCCAUUGUGACACAUAUCUGAAACAGGUCAUUGAACCAUUUGAGUAAAAGCUGGCCCCUAUGCUGAGAUUUUUCUGUAGAGACAAAAAUUUAGAGAAAAUGAUUAUGGUUACAGGGCUUUAUUUAAAACACGUGUGGCAGAGGUAUUCAGAUUUCAGCUGAUUGGGCAGUGUUAAAGGAUGAAGCAGAUCUGGGGGUGUUUUUAAAGAAAAACUGUUUAGAUUUGUGGAUGAUUAAAUUAUAAGAAAUAUUUAUGCAACCAUACCUUCUGGAAGGAAAUUCAAUAGUUGUGUUAGACCCAAGGGGUCAAUUUAGCAAAGAUGUGAUUUUGUGUUUACACACAGACAAGACUAUUUUCUCUCUUAACUUACUUAGUAGGUGUGACCUUCUCUCUUCUUUAAACUCUUGGUCAAUAGGUGGAAAUUAAAGGCCAACUCCAAACAUAUGUGUACAGAAUAGAUGGUUCAGCUGAUUCUAUUGACAAGAAAAUUCACUUCCUACCAGCCUUAGGAAGGUCUCUUUAAAUUUUUUUCCUUCUCUAGGGUUACCUAGCUGUUAGCCAAGGAACCAGGCAGGUCUUAUCACCUAGCUACAGUAGAGGAAAUUCUAUAUUCCCCCAAGGGAUCUGACUUAAUCCCUAGUUGCUCCUGUAGCUGAUAUCAGGGUAAAGCAUUUUGCAUAAUGCUUUAUCGCAAAAACUUGUGCAGAAAUAAUCUUUGAUGUUAGCAAGAGCCUAAUGAACUUAGUAGGGGCCUGUAUCAUCUCUGUUGAGCAAAUAAGGAAAUUGUAACACAAAGAAACAAGCACACCCAAUGCAAUUGCUGUUCUGUAAGACAUAGAGAUAUAUGUAUAAGAUGCAUCCUGUUUUACAGAGAAUUUUUUGAAAAUAAAAAUAUUAAAUCUUCUCAUCA